AUGGUGGAGGCGGCUCAGGCACAGCAUCUGGCAGAGGAAUUGGCGGCGCUGCGGGCGUUAACGGAGUUCCAACACCAGGAAAUGGUCGAGAAAUUGGAUUCCCGCUUCUUCUCUCUUGAGAAGUUGGUCAGGGAUGCGCCGCGACGACUAUCCUACAUGGAGCGAAGUGCCGAGAGCGACCGCCCUUGCCUUGGCAAGGAACACGAAUCCCUGGAAGUGCCGAGCUACGUCAGCUUCGCCAGUCACGACCUGAAGCUGAAAGCGUGCACAGAUUCCGCUGAUGCCCAGAUCUCGCGGAGGAAAUUCGCCAGUCAAAAGACGCGCUCCGACGCAGGAGGACAGAAAAUGCCGAACCGCGUGGCUACCAUGGUGCAGAAUCCGGCCUUUGAUGCCUUCUUUGGAUUUGUGGUGAUCACCAAUGCUGUUUUCAUCGGCAUUGAUUUGGAGAUGAGCACGUCGCCUGGAACACCUGAUCUGGGUAUGUACCUUGCAUUUCGCGUGGUUCAAUAUCUCUACACCUUUCUGUUCACCAUCGAAUUGCUGUUGCGCAUCCGUGCAGCUGACGGCCUCACGGGCUUCAUGUGGACAGAUGACUGGCACUGGAAUUGUUUGGACAUUUUUAUUGUCACCAGCUCCCUUUGGGAAAUCAUCGUCGACUUUACUCACAUGCUGGGGGAACAGGGUCUGGGCAGCCUGGCUGGCGUCUCCAGUCUGAAAGCCUUUCGGAUCAUUCGCAUCACGCGCGUUGUGAAGACGGUGCGGGUGAUCCGCCUCUUUCGCUUCGUUUUGAAGCUGCGGACCCUGAUUACCUCAAUCGCCUCAACGUUGACCUCGCUGUUUUGGGCCAUGAUCUUGUUGACGCUGGUGAUCUACGUGUUUGCGAUUCUAUUUGCCCAGACCGUGAAUGACUAUGUCCGGCAUCCGGACAUGAUGUCAGCCGUGAUGACCGAGCGGGACAAAUUGGCGGCGGAGCGUUACUUCAAGGACUUGCCGACGACGAUGUUGAGCCUGUUCAUGAGCAUCGCUGGAGGAGUGAGUUGGGAAGAGGUGAUUGCUCCAUUGAUGUCGAUAUCUUCGAUUUGGGCUUGGGUUUUUCUGUUUUACUUUUUUUUCACCUACUUUGCGGUGCUAAAUGUAGUAACAGCGGUUUUCUGUCAAAGCGCCAUUGACAGCGCGCAGAGUGACCACACCAUGAUGGUGCAGUCAAUCCUGGAUGACAAGGAGGCACAUUUGGAAAAGAUCAAGGCCUUGUUCAGCCAGAUGGCAUAUAACGAGGAGGGCGGCAUCACGUUUGCGAUGUUUGAGGAGAAGAUUAACAGCGCAGCGGUGAAGGAAUAUUUCGCUACUUUGGGGCUCGAUGUGUGGGACGCUUGGUCAUUUUUUAAGCUGCUGGAUGCAGAUGCUGGUGGCUCAGUCGAAAUUGAAGAAUUUCUGAUGGGUUGUUUGCGCCUUCGAGGGCAGGCCACUGCCAUUGAUGUUGGCAAAAUCCUGCAGGACCAAGAAUUCCUCAUCAAGAACCAAGACCGUUUUUUCGGUGUCCUGGACGCCGAGCUCCGAGAUUUGAAGAUGGAGUUAGCGACGCUGAGAUACGCUGCCAGCGGGUCAGACCCCUCGGGGUCGUCAGGUCGUCCGGAUUGGAGUGAACGCACCUGCAUUGCGAUCGGAAAGCUCUUUGCACUGGCGCUUCGCAACAUCCCAGAUCCUCCUCCAUUAGAUCAGCCAGCUCUUGUGAUGGGAGGGGCACUGCCCAAGCCAACUUUUGGCCAAGUGUCACCAACCAUGCCACCCACGUAUACCAUGAUGCCCACCAUUCCCGACCCACCAAAGUGGGGCGAACCACCUGUCUCUGGCCCUGCCCCUGUGAAGAUGUCACAAGAGCAGAUGAAGAGGAUGCUGGACCCAGUCUUGCGCUUUCUGAUGCGACCCGACCAGGUGUGCCAACAACUCUUUGUGGCCAUCGGCGCCACCACUCGGGUGGAAGGUCUGCUACGGAACUCCUUCAAGACGUCCUUUCGCAUUCCAAGUCCUGGGAUGAAGCUGCCGGGAAAGGAGGAUGCCAUGCUUCAAGCCAUGCAAGAGGCGGCCAACUUCCGAAAAGCCGCCACGAAGGCCCCCUUUGGGGCUCCACAGCGAAGUUUGGAGGGGUCUGACCAGCGGCAGGCACAUGCCGGAGAUAAGUGAUUGCCAUAGCUCGGGACCAGACUCAGACCUGGAUGCCAAAAAUUGAGCCGCUGUCGAGGGGGAAACUCACCGGGGAAACCGACUGCGACAUUGCCUGCUGAGAAUCAAAAACGAGUUUGGAACUGGGAAAAUCACCAUGCUUUCCGUGAAAUCAGUUGUAGUCAUAGUAUC